UAAUCUUAAAAUAUCGUAGGUUAAGGGUACAUUAGUUUGUUUCUUGUCGACUUUCCCGCUGUCCGCGGCGUCCGUUAUAUCAAUGCCAUCCCCUCGUGGCCUCUUCUUCGGUGAUUCCUCCAUUUAUCCGGUCGUUCAAAUUUGACAAUUGUCCGCCACAAUUUUUGAACGAUAUACAUACAAUUUAUUACAUGAACCGACUCGAAUAGUUGCCGUAGUGAUUGCGCGUCACCACGGAUUGCUUGUGUCACGGAUAAGCAUCGUAAACAGACCGUCGCUAUUCGGACUGAUUUUCUCCUUUCCUAGAUUUGGGCUUUAAUUAUAAUUAUUGCGGUUUCGUUUCCAGGCUAACGAUGACGAUAACGAUAAUGAAAGAUUACAGUAUCGGGAAGCUAGAGCGUGUUUGGAAAUCGUCGAAUUUCGACGAUGAGUCAUUGAGUUUUCAUAGAAACUCUACCAGAGACGCUAAUGGCCUUCCACGAACGAAAGAAACAAGGAUCGUGUAAUGGUGAACGCCGCUGUAGCGUAUCUGAAUGAUGACAUCACGUUGACAAUCGUGAAAAGUUCGAAAGUCAAUUUGCUUUUGAUCGAACGAGUAUUUUCACCCAGAUCCGAUGGAGAUCGAAAGCAAAGAUAGAGUUCUACCCGAUGAUACUGGCGAUCUUUGCCGCAUUUGUCUUACAGCAAAUCAAAAUAACCAAUAUAUCUUUGGUGCUACUCGAAAUGAUACAGGUGCCACGGACACGUCCAACUUUUAUGAUAGAUUUCGUUUGUGCAGCGGUGUGGAGAUAAUGGAGAAUGAUGGUUUACCUGCCACUGUUUGCAUGCAAUGUGCAAUUAAAGUCAAUGAAGCAUAUGAGUUAAGAAAACAAUGUCAACAAACAGAUACACGGUUGAGGGAACUUUAUGGAAAGUUGACAACAAUAUACAAUGCCAAUCAGUUUAAGGUCACAAAGGAUCAAUGUUGCCAAACAGAUACCUUCAACUCUGAUUUUGUUAAAAUAGAAGCAAAUAUACUUUCUACAGUUGAUCAUGAGAGAUCCUCAACUAUGGAUUAUAUCAAAGAUGAAAAUGCAAUUAAUGAAUCUCGAUGCAAUGAGUCCAAUGAGACAAAUAGUCAUCUAAGUAACAUUAGUAUUAAAAGGAUUUCAGCAGGAUGUGAAAAAAGUACCUCAGGAAGGGAAACUCACAGAACAAGGAGAACUACUGUGUUCAAAAGAGUGACUUCCAUGGAGAACUUAAGAAAUCAUAAAGAGAGACAGAGACAGUAUAUCAAAAAGAAUGCAAAUGUUAAGCGAGAUAUUGUAGAGAAUGAUUAUUCAGAUAAUGUUAGGGAUAUGGUUUCUCAAAGACCUUACACCUGUUCAAAAUGUUCUAGAUGCUACUCCAGUAAGAAGUCCCUGGACAGACAUAUAGUAACACACAAUGAAAAGAAAUUUACGUGCGAUAAAUGUAACAAACAAUUUCUGCAACUGAGUGACUUGGUGAAGCAUAAUAAACUGCACAAAGUCAAAGAGAAAGUUAAGCCAGUAUUAUGUAGCAUAUGUAAUAAGAGUUUUAAGAAAACCGACACUAUGGUGAGACAUUUAAACAUUCACAAACGGGCGAAUCCGAAAGAGGUGCUUUCAAUUUUGAAAGAAAUCAGGGACAAAAGAAAAUUAGAGAAUAUUAGCGAAGAAUCGGUUACUGAAAUGAACGAUGCUAGAAAAGAAAUUAGAGAUUCACACGUACAUAACGAAGGUAGAAGCGCGAUUAAGAAGUACACUCUAGGCACCGAAUUUAGAGAUCCUGAUAUGCUAAACGCAAGAGUCGAUGUCUUCGACAGCACGGCAUUUUAUCGUUGUAAAUAUUGCAAUAAAUCUUGCACGACGGAUAAGUUACUCCAAGACCAUUUGCUAUCUCACACAGAAAAGAAAUUCAUUUGCAACGUUUGCAACAUGAAAUUUUUCCGGCAAGACAGACUAGAAAGUCACAAAAAGCGAUACGGGCAUAACGAGGAUGAGACAAGUUUGGAGAUUCAGAAGCCAUCCGACGAUAAGUCGGCCAUUAAACUGAUAAACAGUUGGAUACGAGAGGAGCUCGAUUCGGACAACGAGGAGAAAGGUUUUCCUUGUAAAAUCUGCGGAAAGUCGUACGAUACUAAGAGAUCCUUAUCAAAACACCAACUGAAUACGCACAACUCCAAGGACGAAGGCUGCAUAAGUUGCGGGAACAAUUGUAUCUGUGAUGAGAAGGACAAGGACCAGCAGAAAGCGAAUGAGAUACUGAAGCCGUAUCGUUGCGAGGAGUGCAACAAGUCCUUCGAAAAGGAAGUAAAACUACAAAGACAUACGAGAAUUCAUGACCGCGCCAAAGAACAAGAGGAUGCGAACUUCAAACGAUAUUUAUGCCACAUAUGCAGCAAGACAUUCAGACAGAACACAGGACUGAUGUUUCACAUGCGAACACACACUGGCUAUAAGCCUCACGUGUGCAAGUACUGCGGUCGAGGAUUCACAUCCAAUUCAAAUUGCAUCAAUCAUGAGAGAACUCACACCGGGGAUAGGCCUUUCGUAUGCCAUUUCUGCAGCGCAGCUUUCGCAAAGUCGUGCACCCUUAAAGCGCAUAUUACCACCCAUACCGGGGAGGCAAAUUACCAUUGUAAAACAUGCGGAAAAUCAUUCAGAAGACUGAAAUACUUGAAGGAGCACAGGUUUACGCACACCGGCGAGAAACCGUACGCCUGCAAGAUCUGUGGCACGGCUUACAGCCACAACGGUAGUUUAUUUGUGCAUGAGAAGAAGUGCAGAGCACAGUAUCAGAAUGCACAAAGCUAUUGUCAGUCGGAGACGUCUUCGCCGGGCGUGACUCCUAUUAUCACUAUUCUGCCGCAGAACCAUCUGAAUGAUAUUAUCGUCCCAUUGAACGUUCAAGACGGCAAAACGUAUGCGAACGAUAUGCAGAGAAUGAGUUCUCCCAGCAUCGAUAGCGUGAGCCCUGUUACCACGCCGGAAUUGCAUGUUCAUCAAAACACUGAUAACUCGGACGUGUCCUUGUCCGUUAAAAAUUUCGCUCUUAUCGGUCACGUAUUUCAGUCGUAAGAAAUUGGAGAUCGACAACCAUGGCAUGGACGUUGAAGUGUUUCUGUGAUAAAACUUUGCGAAUGUGUCUUCAACUGCUGAAUGUACUUCGCAUUUAAAAUUGAAAUUAAUAGCAAUUCUGCGAAUCAUGUUAUCGAAUUAGCAAGUAUUAACAUCCCAGUAAGCAAUCUGUCCUGAGUUUUUUAUGAAUCUGACCGUACGCUGUUAUGUCAAAUACUGAGUCAUCUGUUUCCGCAUUUUACGCCGGAUUUGGUACGAAGGUCUUGUCUAUGUCAAAUACGGGCCAAAUACAGGCCAAAUCUUCUAAGGUUGCCACAUCUGCCACAUGAGUGCGACCGACCUGUCCUCUUCAAACGAUACGUUUCGCUACAAGAUUCCGCAAAAAGUUGCCAAAUACCGAGCAGACUUUUAUACAUUGUAGGAUGCGGGGGAGUGGGUCUAUUUUAUUGACUAUUUCGCUUGGAUUCGCAUAACACGGUGCAAGUAAUACUAUCGAAUGUUUCGAAUAAGAUAAAAAGCAUCGAUUCUUA